CGUGGAGGCGCAAGCCGACGCUAAGAGCGUCAAAUAGGGAGCCCCCUCCUCCUCCGGGUUCUUGCGGCGUGCCGGUGACCUCUAGGUGCCAUCAUGCGGCUGCGCUCUCCCUCCAGCACGCGUCGGCAGGAUGUGGGACCCCGUGAUUCGCCGCCGUCGGAGCUGGGGGGAUCUGGCAAUGGAGCUAAAGCUGAUGUUGCCUGGAAGACGAAGGAGCUUGAACAUAUGUUGGCAAAUUUAGAAGAAGAAGGAGUGGAGAUAGAUGACAAGAUAGCUAGUAUUAUUGAUGAUGAGAUAGCUAGAAUUAAAGCUAAAGCUGAGAGGGAGAAAAACAUCAAUGGGCUAAAAGACAACGGAGUGCUGGUACUGUACACUAUAACAACUGUUGCCAUUGGUUUCUUGCUGGGAGCGGACUUUGUUGCAAAGUCCCUCCCUGCACAAUUGGCCAAGAUUAUCCUUUUUGGUGGAAAAUAGCGUAGAGCUUGUGGGUCCACUCUGCUUAUGGCAUUUAAAACCAAGUAGCUAGCUAUGGUAUGCAAAACCUGUUUAUGUUGUCUGAUAAUUGUCAUGCUAUACUGCGGUUGACAUAUAAUAAUGUAACUCUUAGUGGUAACACCAUGUGCUGUUCUAAGCUGCAUGGAAGAGGUGGUCUGUUAAGUACUGCAGGUUAAUUAAUGUUUGGUAAUUGAAUCUGGCAUGCAUGUUCAUGGUA